ACAUUGAACCGGCUAAAGCGACGUCUAUUGGACGUUUAGUUGUUGUGUACAGUUUUCAACACGAAUGUGGACCCUCACCGUGUGCUGCAGGUGUUAACGUCGAUGUAACACCUGUUAAAGUUUUACUCUUUGUUUUGUUUAACAGUUCUUCUCGCGCGCUGCGGAGGCUAAUUAGUGAGAUGUCUCACGCGGCUCUAAGGUGUCCGGCCUGCGGGUCCUCAAACGUCGAGGACGAUGCUCUUUAUUCUCAGGCUCAGAUGGUGUGUGUGGACUGCGGCUCCGUGGUCUCAGAGGGAGUCCUCGCCAAUGAUCCUGUUGGAGGGACAGGUGAGAGCAGUGAGGAUGUAAUGUUGACAUUGGAAGAGUUACUGAGACAUAGUUUCUUAGAGGUUGUCAUUGAUCAAAAGUUAACAUGGAAACAACACAUUGAAUACAUUAAAGGGACAAUUUCAAAAUCACUUGUAAUCCUGUACAAAUUAGAGAAAAGUAUUGAAUUCCAAGGCCUUGCAUUUGAUCUACUACUCAUUGAUUGUUCCCUAUAUAUCUUACUGUGUGGAACUGUGGGGGUCCAACUUUAAAAUCACUAUAAAUUCAAUAAUAUACUAUAUAAAUAUAAGGAGACAGUCAGGUCACUUUAGUCUAAAUAAAUAUAUCCUUUAGGGGUUCUUUCAUCGGCUCAUUAUUGUGUGAGUAUAGUACAUUUGUGGUCAUCACUGAUCUAUAUUUUGGCCGUUUGAGGUUUUUCUUAGAGACAAAACUAACAAGUUAUCUCCAAGCACUUUCCCUUUUAUAGUCUAACAAAAUACUUAUAAAGUCUUUGUAUUCCCAUUGUAUUAUACUUAGAUUUGGACUUUAGCCCCCAAAUACUGUAGAUUCUGUAUGUGUGACCAAGAUACACUGCACAUACUUAGUAGGACAAUUCAAUACUUCAUUGCCCUCUGGAGGACAAACUUUGCAAUGACCCUGUUUCUAAAUCAUCUGAAACCUUGUUGAGCUACAGUUUUAAACAUUUAUUCAAUCUGUAGGUUCCACAUGUUUUCUUUUUCUAUUUUACAGACUCUGGUUUUGGAGAUUUAAAAAAACAAAAAACAAAGAGCAUUUGUAAAAACAGAUUAGACAAGAGCAGUCUGUUUGACAAAUCUGGAUCACUAUAGGGUGAAGGCAGAGUUAUGGCAGGCGGAUAUCUGUAUAAAAUAUCAUCAUUAUAUUAAAAUAAUGGCCGAAGUCAUUUUUUGACAAAAAUGAGUUUUUGGCCUAAAUUUGGCCUAAAUCAUCUCUAAAUCAUCUCUUGAGACAAUUUAGGGAUGAUUUCGGCCAAAAACUCAUUUGCGACAAAAAAUGACACAGGCCAUUACUUUAAUAGACGACAUACUUCCUUUAGCUAUGUUACUGAUGGAUUUAACUGUCAAAAGUCCCGUUGUGGUGGACUUGGUUCACAGAUGUGUGGCUGCAUGUCAUUUUCAACAAUAUAUUCAUCAUCAGUAAGUAUUUCAGGUGGGAGUCUGUACAUGGACCUUUGUUUUGUAAUUCUACUCCACGGUAUAGGCUUGUGUUUGAAUUCCCUUCAGUGUUAAUCUUUGUUGAGUUUGACACAUGCUGGGCUCAGACUCUGUCAUCUUAGCUGUCUUGACGAUCCCCAUGGAAACAAAACCAUUGUCUACACUAUUUGACCUUGACACAUAUGCUUACUGUGAAAAUUAGAUAUAAAUGUGCAAAGCAGUGCAUAAAUUGAUAUAGUUUUAUACAGUCAAAAUGUUGUCAAAACAGAUGCUGAAUGCCUCCAUCUUGUAAAUGAAUAAAUAAACUAUAUUUAUUUAAUUCUAUUUAAACCGGGCUGUAAUUAUACAUCAUGUUGUAAACAUGGGUCUUUUAAAAUGAGUUUUCAUGGAAAUUACUGGGCUUUUGCAGCCAGCCUCUAGUGGACACUUACAGAACUGCGUUUGUAUUCAAGAACUGGUCAAUUUCAUCAACUCUGGAGGUUCAGUGGUGCAUGUGUUGACAGAGUUUUGCAGCAUUAACAUUUUCCAGAAACGGUGAACCCUUGUGUGUUCUGGACUUUACGUAAAUGAUAAAUGAUGAGAAAUGUACUCGCUACUUUGGGCAGUAAGUUUUGGUACAUUUUGUAUUCCCAGCUGUCCGACAUUAAAAUUUAUUCACAUUCUCUUUAAGUGUUUUUCUUUUUCUUUAUUUCCCAGAUGUCAGCUACAGGCAGACCACAGCCGUAACCAAGAAACCGUGUCAUAACCUAUUAAAAGGUGAGAUCUUUUCUCUCAGAGGGGAACCCUCUUCUUGAUGGUGUUUUUUUCCAUGGAUCCUGUUCUUUCUGGCUAUUGCAACAUGCACUGGUCAAAUCUAUUGUUUUACUUUUACAGGUCUGCAGCGUGUCAAAGCCAUGUGUCGAAUCCUCGGUGUGAACAGUGAAAUUGAGGAGCUCUCGCAGACUUAUUACAACCAGGCCUAUCAGCAUCAGAGCUUUAUUAAAGUCAGCCUCCAGAAGAAGGAAGUUCUCGCCGGUUGCUGCGUGCUCGUGAGCUGCAGAGUGCGUAAUUGGCCGAUCUCCAUGGGAACCAUCAGCUGCUUGCUGGAUGCCGACCCGACGCUGCUGGGGGCGGUCUAUCUUGAGAUGGUCAAAAUUCUCCAAAUCGAGGCGCCGAUCGUCGGUAUCACUGAUGUGAUGGAGGCGCACUGUCAGGAGUGAGUGAAACACAACAGAUUGUCUGUCCCAUCAGCAAUAUGAUCUUCAGGGCAACCAAACAUUAUUAAGGUGUUGGGAUAGGAACAGAUAUUUAAGAGAGAAUUCUGACCAAUAAGAAAGCAUUUUUAGUCUUGUUUGAUACAUUUGUGCAUCUGUUUUUAAAAGAGGAACUGACAGUUUUGAAGUAAAGUUUCUAAAGGACCAACUUUUUCUUUGGGUGAAAAUAUUCGGCUUUUAUUUUUAAAUGAACACAUGAUUUGAUAGUUUCUUAUUUUGGGUGAAAAUCUUUGAGAAAAAAGUAAAUGCGGAUCUGUCUGUAAUGACAGUUUCUCCUAUUUUUCUGUGUGGUUAAACUUCUUGAUCUGAGCUUUGAGUUUCAAAGGCCAGUCAAUCUCAGUGGGGCUAAUUAGAUUUGAAUUUUGUCCAUCUGGAAAGCUACCAGGCAGAAUACAAAACCAGAAUUUUGGCCAAAAUCCUCAACAAGAUAUGCCUUAAAUGAGACAUUUCAGCCUCUGAUUAGUCUUUUAACACAAAAGUCACUCAUGAUCACUUUUCUUUCCCUCAGGUACAAACUCAGCCCAAGUCAUGUCCCUGAGGAGUUUGCUGAGGAUCCCAGGGACCUUUCCAAACAUGCCGUGGCUUUGGUAGAGCUGGCUGCAGACACUUGGAUAGUGACUGGCAGGAGACCAGUCCCCAUCAUGAUGGCAGCCAUCUAUUUGGCAUGGCAGUCCCUGAAUCCCUCCAAGCAGCGGCUGAAAUUCACCCUGGACAAGUUUUGCCAGCUUGCCAAAGUGAAAAAGCAAGUGCGGGCCCUUAAGAGGAUAACAGAGAUAAAGGAGGUGCUGUGUAAGCUGGGGAAGGAGAUCCCUUGGCUCGAAACGACAGUCACUCCAGAGAACGUAAUGAUGCAGGUGAAAGAUAUUCUAGAAUUUAAGUAUGCGCUGCUUAGGAAGGCCUUGAGGACUCAUGAGGAUGCUCUGCUGCCGGAGUGUCAAACCAGCUGCGAUAACUCUCAAACAGAGGAUAACACGGAUGCAGCCUGCUCGGAGCAAUGUGAACAGAGUACUGAAAAGGCAGAGCAAACAAGUGAUGAAGAUGGUAAUUCACGAGCAGAGUCUGAGCAGCAAGAUAGCGGUCAGGAGUGUCAGGAUACAGAACCUAACUGGGGGAAGAGAGUGCUGUUUGCUCCCCCCUGUGUGGUUCAUGCGAAGAGAAGAAGAGUGGAGCAGUCCAGGAUGAAAGAUGUAACCGGUGAUGAGGAAAUCUCUGACAGUGAAAUUGACUCGUACAUCCGAACUCCUCAGGAGACCCGAGAUUUUGCUCUGACACAGAAGAUAUUAUCAGAGAGAGAGAAGUCGUAACUGGUCAUUCGUUACUGCUUAUUCUUCCUCCUAUCGUAUGACAUAAAGGGUUUUUGGAGCUCACACUUUUUACUUUAUAACCUGUAUUCACAAUUAGUUAUUUUUUUAAUGAAAUUAUAAUAACAGAUGCUACAGCCUCUUCUAUUUAGUUUAAGAAAAGCCAUAGAUAGAGUAUUAUUUAUUUGCUGCUCCUCUGUUUAUUAUGAAAUAAAACCCGCUGUUGGGCGUUAAUAUACCAAAACUAUUUGAGUCACCACAUGAUUUCAACUUAGAGAAUCCUCAUCUUACAAAUUCAAAUGCUUUUUAAAGAGAAAUAGGAAUGAAAUGAAUAAAAUAGAAGUUGUGUUGUCUGUUUCCAAAAGGUCAACAUUUUUGAGUCCUUUUUUUGGAUCGGCGUUUUUUAAUAAUCUAAUGUUUCAGGAUGGUGGAUUUUUGUGAGCUACAAGCCGUAAUCAAACAAAGACAGUCUUGAAACAGUUGACUUUAUGUGUGAUGAACCUGGGAUAUAUGAAAAUGUCACUUUAUGAAUUAAAUUAUGAUUAAAAAAAGAACUUUGAAUCUUUUGAGCUGCUCCUGUAA